GAGGUUUUUAUGGUCACAGGAUGCCCGGUGAGUUCUAGGGAUGGACUUGGGCAGGAGGAACCCCCAAGCCAACGCGCUCAGCCCUUGUUUCCCCCCCAUCAGGAUUUGUCCUUCCCAAAGCUUGGGCAGAUGGAGGAGGAGGCUGCGAGGAAGAGGAAGAUGCCUUGGGCCCCCCAGGCAGGCCCCGAGCUGAGGAGGGAGAGCCCGGAGGACAAAUCCCCCCGUGAGACCCUGGUGGGAGAGGCCGUUUUGAAGGGCUCCCCGGCGCAGGAAGGCAGCGGGGAGGAAAAGGGCCGGAGAUCCCCCCACAGGAGGGGCUCCAAAGCCAUCCCAGGGUGCUCUGAGGAGGAAAGAGCCAGCCUGUGCCGGGAAGGCGGCUGGAGCUUGAGGCAGAGCUCUGACCUGGUGGUCCCUGAUCAGCCUCCCAGCAGAGAGAAGCCCUUCAAAUGCUUGGAAUGUGGGAAGAGCUUUAGUAGGAGCAACACCCUCCUCACCCACCAGCACAUCCACACUGGAGAACGGCCCUACCCCUGUGGGGAAUGUGGGAAGAGCUUCAGGCAAAGCUCCAAGCUUAUCCAACACCAGCGCAUCCACAGUGGGGAAUGGCCCUACACAUGUAGGGAAUGUGGGAAGGGCUUCAGCGACAGGUUCAGUCAAUGCACCCACCUGCGCAUCCACACUGGGGAACGUCCCUACAGGUGUGGGGAAUGUGGGAAGAGCUUCAACUGCAGCUCCAACCUCCUCACCCACCAGCGCAUCCACACUGGAGAACGUCCCUACACGUGUGGGGAAUGUGGGAAGAGUUUCAGGCACAGCUCCACCCUCCACUCCCACAAGCACAUCCACACUGGGGAACUACCCUACACGUGUGGGGAAUGUGGGAAGAGCUUCAGGAACAGCUCACACCUCCGUAUCCACCAGCACAUCCACACUGGGGAGCGGCCCUACACGUGUGGGGAAUGUGGGAAGAGCUUCAGUGACAGCUCCAAUCUUCACGCCCACCAACGCAUCCACACCGGAGAACAGCCCUACACUUGUGGGAAAUGUGGGAAGAGGUUUCAGACCAGCUCACAUCUCCUCAGACAUGAGCGGACGCACACGGAUGAGAGGCCCUUCCGCUGCACCGACUGCGGGAAGGGCUUCAAGCAGAAUGCUCACCUCGUCACCCAUCGGCGCAUCCACACCAGGGAGAGGCCCUACAAGUGUGGGGAGUGUGGGAAGAGCUUCAGUGACAGCUCUACCUUGACCAGACACCAACGGACCCACUCUGGAGAGAAGCCCUUCAGGUGCUUGGAAUGUGGGAAGAGCUUCAGUCAGAGCUCUCACGUGCUCCGACACCAGGACAUGCACACUGGGGCACGUCCCUACACGUGUGGAGAAUGUGGGAAGAGCUUCAGCCAGAACUACCACCUCCGCACCCACCAGCGCAUCCACAGCGGGGAACGGCCCUACAAGUGUGAGGAAUGUGGGAAGAGCUUCAGCCGGAGGUACCACCUCCGCACCCACCAGCGCAUCCACAGCGGGGAACGGCCCUACACAUGUAGGGAAUGUGGGAAGAGCUUCAACCGGAGCUUUCACCUUCGUUCCCACCAGCACAUCCACACUGGAGAAUGUCCUUACACGUGUAGGGAAUGUGGGAAGAGCUUCAGUCACAGCUCCACCCUCCGCAAACACCAUCGCAUCCACACUGGGGAACGGCCCUACAAGCCCUUCUGCUGCACCGACUGCGGGAAAUGGUUCAAGGAGAAAUCCCAUCUUGUCACCCACCGGCGCAUCCACACCGGGGAGAGGCCCUACAAGUGUGGGGAGUGUGGGAAGAGAUUCACCCAGAUUGGUGUCUUGACCAAACACCAACGGACCCACCACAGAGAGAAGCCCUUCAGGUGCUUGGAAUGUGGGAAGAACUUCAGUCACAGCUCUGACCUGACCCGACACCAGCACAUCCACACUGGGGAACGUCCCUACAUGUGUGGUGAAUGUGGGAAGAGCUUCAGUCAGCGUUCCGACCUGAUCCGACACCUGCACAUCCACACUGGGGCACGGUUGUACUCAUGUGGGGAAUGUGAGAAGAGCUUCAGGGACAGCUCCAGCUUGAUCCGACACCAAAUGAUCCACACUGGUGAACGGCCCUACACAUGUGGCAAAUGUGGGAAGAGCUUCAGGGACAGCUCCAACCUGAUCCGACACCAGCGCAUCCACACCGGGGAACGGCCCUACAAAUGUAGGGAAUGUGGGAAGAGCUUCAGGUACAGCUCCCACCUGAUCCGACACCAGCUCAUCCACACUGGGGAAUGCCCCUACACCAGGGAACGGCCCUACACGUGUGGGGAAUGUGGGAAGAGGUUUCAGACCAGCUCACAUCUCCUCCAGCACGAGCGGACACACACGGAUGAGAGGCCCUUCCACUGCACCGACUGCGGGAAGGGCUUCAACCGGAACUCCAACCUCGUCACCCACCGGCGCAUCCACACCGGGGAGAGGCCCUACAAGUGUGGGGAGUGUGGGAAGAGCUUCAACAAGAGCUCUGGGUUGACCAGACACCAGAGGGCCCACCAGUAAGGGAAGCCCUGCCAGUGCCCCGGCUGCAGGAAGAGCUUUGGCUGCUCCUUCUCAA